CUUGGGCGUUUUGAUUACCAGCCAAAUCCAGUUGUUUGGCGCGAACGAGACGAUGGUGCACACGGAUGUGAUCCGCGCGCUCUUGAGCAACGACAACACGGUUCGCCGUCAAGCCGAGUCCACGUACACCCAGAUCAAGGCGCAUCAGCCCAUGGAGCUCGCCACCACGUUGCUCACGUUGACGUGCUUCCAAACGAACUCGACCGAUGUCGAGACGCGCAUGUUUGCUCCGGUGCUUCUUCGUCGCCUCGUCGAGACGGAGGGCCUUCCCAACGACGCUACAUACCGCGCUCAGAUGAAAACGCAACUGUUGGCGACUCUCGUCCAGGAAACACAGCCUCCCAUUCGCCGCAAAGUGUCCCACGUCGUCGCUCAAGUUGCGCGCCAAGAUGCGUCGUGGCCGGAAUUAUUGCCAUCGAUCGUCCAACUCACCCAACAUCCCGACCCGGGCAUGCAAGUCACUGCACUGGAUGUCCUUGCCACACUCGCGGAAUACACGGGCGCCAAGCUCAAGCUACACCACGAACAGCUCGGCAACGUGUUCGCCUCGUUUGUCGCAUCGCCGACAGCGUGCACGGAGGCUCGCGUCGCGGCAUGGAAGGCGCUGUCGGCUUUUGUCGUGCAUCUUGAAUCAAGCGAUUCGCUGCAGCCAUUUUCGCACCUCCUACCGCCUUUCUUGCAGUUACUCGAAGGGUCGCUGCAAAACCACGACGAAGUGGCAGCGCGAGAACUCCUUACGUCGUUCUUAGCCAUGACCGAAGUCCAUCCAUCGCUGCUCAUGCUCCACUUGGAUCUAAUCGGAAACGCUAUGCUGUCGACGGCCCAGGCGCGAUCGCUGUCGACCGAUACACGCACGCUCGCGUUGGAAUGCCUCCUCGCACUUUUUGAACACGCCACGCAACUCUUUCGAUCGUCGAAAGCGUUGCUAGAAGCAGUCGUUCCUUGUCUGUUGGCGCUCCUCGCAGAACUUGACGAUGUUCCGGCCUGGGUGGACCAGUUUGACGACCACAAAGACGAAGGCACGGGUGUACGAGUCUGUGAUGCGGGGGCCGGCGCCAUCGAUCGGGUCGCACACUCCGUGGGCGGCAAGGUGCUCGUCCCGUUAAUCAUGCCGUACAUUGCGCAGUACCUAGAAGAGUCGACGUCAUGGCAGCGCCAGCACGCGGCGCUGUUUGCCCUGGGGCUCAUGGCAGAAGGAUCAAAGGACUAUUUGUUUCAAGUGUUGGACGUGUGGUUGCCCCGCAUCCUUGAUUUCCUGCAGCACCCGCACCCUCGGAUUCGCCAUGCCGCGUUGUUUUGCGUCGGCCAGUUCGCCCGAGAUUUCGGCGUCGUUGCUCGGGGCAAGAACUUUCAAACCAAGUACCAUGGCCAAGUCCUGCCUGCGCUGCUGCCGUUGCUGUCGGACGCCGUGAUGCGCAACCGUGGGUCGGCUGCGUCGGUGAUGAGUAACUUUUGCCAUCCCGAACACUGCCGCACCCAAUAUAUACUGGCGAUGCUGGACCCAAUUCUAUCGGCCUUGUUUCAAGCCUUACAAACGAGUCCACGGCAGGUCCAAGAACAAGCCAUCACGGCCGUGGCAUGUGUGGCCAAGGUGGUCGGGGACGCUUUUGUGCUGCACUACAGCGUGUUCAUGCCCGUGGCGGCGCAUCUUUUGACGCAAUCUCAAGGCAAACAGUACGCGCUGUUGCGUGGCAAAGCGAUGGAAUGUGUCGCACUGAUCGGGCAAGCGGUGGGAAAAGAAGCGUUCUUGAACGAUGCCAAAGCAGUGAUGGACAUUCUCCUGCGCCACGAAACGGACGACAGCGGCGUCGAGCUGCAGUACCUCACACAGGCGUGCGUUCGCAUUGCGAGCGUGCUGCAGGAGGACUUUGUCGCGUACUUGCCGUUGAUAGUCCCCAAGUUGUUGCAGCAGGCCGCGACCAAGCCCGACGUUGUCCUGGUCGACUGGAAUGACGAGACGGCGGCCACCGACGACGACGAUGACGACGAUGAACACGAUGGGAUUCACGAAAUCGUAGUGGAUGUGCAAGGCCAGGGCAAGAAGAAGCUCCAAAUUCAAACGUCGGCCUUGCAGGGAAAGGAACUUGGGUUGAACAUGCUGUACCAACUUGCGCUCGACCUCAAAGGCGCAUUUGUUGCGUAUGUUGAACCGGCUCUCAACGUCGUGCUCCCUCUGCUCAAGUUUCAGUACUUGGACACGGUGCGCAUGCUCAGCGGGCUGACGCUAGCCAAGCUAUUGGAAGCAGCGAUUGCAGGGUCGGUCGUGACGUCGACGGCACCGCAUCAAGUGCUCGAGCUCAUUUUCGAACCCCUCUUGACGGCUUUGAUUGAGGAAGGCGACUUGGAAUGCAUCGUGGGGCUGUCAGAAGCUGUGGCGAGUGUGUUGGAAGCGACGAGGGCCGCCGCCGACAACGGAUACCGCAUGGGGAUUCCUCUGGCGCAUUUGCCGACGGUCUUUGACAAGCUCUUGGCGGUGUCCCACGCCAGCGUGCUGCGCCGCGUGCAAAAUCUAAGCGAUUCGGCCGACGAUGACGAGGAAGAAGUCAACGCUGAAGACGAGGAAGCGAUAUUGCAAAACGUGGUCGAUGCGAUCGGGUGGACGAUCAAGCAAUACAAACACGAUAUUGUCCCGCUCUUCGUCGAGCACGUUGCGCCCGUCGUGAAUCCGUACUUGGAGCCGUCGUUCCCUGCCGUCAUCCGCGCCCACUUUAUUUGCAUCAUCGACGACAUCCUCGAGUUUGGAGGUGCCGCCGUCCCGCCAAUCAUGCCAACGCUUUUGACGCAUCUCUGGAAUAGCCUGGAGGAUACAAAUCCAUGUGCAAUUCGAGCCGCCGCGUACGGGGCAGGGAUUUGCGCGCAGCACGGUGGCAUGGCUUUUGAACCGCACUGCGUCCCGACCUUACAGCGCGUGUGGACUUGCAUUCAAGCAUUGGAGCACGAUCGUGUCGAGACAGAGCAAGCGGCGGCCCGUGACAACUGCGUCUCUGCCGUCGGCAAGUUUUGCUUGUAUCGAGCACACUUGGUCGACGCGCCGACGUUGUUGGGGCUAUGGUUGAACUGCCUGCCGCUGCAGUCGGACGCGAUCGAAGCACGCGCCGUCCACGCCGACUUGGUCACGAUGGUCGAACGGUCCAACAUGGACUUGCUCGGCGAAAACUACGUCCAUCUUGCGCUUGUGCUCAAAAAGUUCGCCGACAUUUUGGCAUUGGAUCUCGACGAAGAGUUUGAGCCAGUGCUGGAAGACGAGACCAAGGCGCGACUGACGGCAGUACUGCAGCACAUCCAAGCGACAUAUCCGCCAGCAAUUGUCCAAUCUGCGUGGUCGUCGCUAUCCGAGGAUGAUCAGCAAGUGUUUGCGUCGCUGCAAUGACGCAGAUCGAGGCAUCCAUCACGCAGCCCAUGACGAUGGACUUCCCGGUCGGAUGGUGCUUGUGUAGCUUGGAGAUGUUGGUUGCCAUACAUUAUCGACGAAACCCUCGUGGGCAUGUGCUUUAAAGCCACUUCGUUUCAGCCGAGGUUGGUCAUCUCCAAAUAGUUGGCCACGUUGUCCGUGUAGUUAACAGGCACUGCGACGCAACGGUCUGC